AUGGACCUCAUCAACUCCAUGGCAGGGCUUGCAAAUCUGCUAGUUUCACCGUUACGACAUAACAUGCUCAGUGAACGAGUUGUUGAACUGCACAUGAUUAAAGCAUUCUGCUGCCUGAUCAAUCUGGUUGGCUGGCACCACAAGGAAGCUAUGAGCCUACAAAUGCAGCAGACCAAGGUUCCAUUAAAGAAAGAUACAGGGUACACCUCCUAA